GAUCUUAUCAAUUUUUAAAAAAGAUUAACUCACCAUGCAGUACAUUAAUGAUAUAAUGAGAAUAGUGAGGAUAUCCUACUCUUUCAAUAAGCUUGGCAAAGUGUGUGUGGGAAGAGGGGAGAGGAGGAGAGAGAGGAAAAGAGAAGGGAGGAAUAGAGAGAGGUGAAGAGAGAGUCAGUCAGAGUGGAGAGAAUGGAAUCAAGGGGACAGAUAGAUUUGCUUUGGCAAGAGGAGAGUCUUCUUUUGAAACUGGGCAGAAGGAAAGGAAGAGAAUUUGAGUGAAGACACAGAAGUAUUGAAGUAUGGAUGCAAGAAAUUUGAAGGAGUGCAGAACAGUUGGUGCCUCCGUCAAAUUGAAGGGGUCUUGGAAAUUCACAGAGAGAAUAUGAAAAGCAAGUUGUGCUCUAUAGUAUCAGAAAUCAGUUACGAUACAGAAGUAACUUAGUUAAGCAUAUCAAGAAGGAUGAACGCAAAUACUAUGAGGAAUUGUUAAAAUACAGUCGAGAACAUCUCAUGUUGUACCCCUACCAUUUAUCAGAUAUUAUGGUAAAGGGCUUGAGGAUAACACCAUUUUCUUAUUAUACUGGAAUUAUGGAGGACAUAAUGAACAGUGAAAAAAGCUAUGAUUCAUUGCCCAAUUUUACUGCUGCUGACUGUCUAAGGCUUCUUGGCAUAGGAAGAAAUCAAUAUAUUGACCUUAUGAAUCAGUGUAGGUCAUCAAAAAAAUUUUUCAGAAGGAAAACUGCUCGUGAUCUUCUGCCUGUGAAGCCUGUGGAAAUUACUAUAGAGGCAUGGUGGGUGGUUCAGGCUGGUUACAUCACAGAAGAUGAUAUAAAGAUAUGCACUUUGUCUGAGAAAUGUGCUAUUGAUAAGAUCAUCGAUUCAGGUCCUCAGCUGUCUGGAUCUCUAGACUACAAUGUAGUACAUAGUUUAUAUAACAAAGGAUUUAUUUAUCUUGAUGUGCCCAUAUCUGACGACAGUUGUAUUGCAGUACCACCGCUUGAAGGUUUUGUAAUGAACCGGGUCCAAGGUGAUUAUUUUGAAACUCUACUCUACAAGAUAUUUGUUUCAAUAGAUGAGCACACUAAUGUUGCAGAGCUUGCAAAUGUACUUGAGAUAGACUUAUCACUAGUGAAGAAUGCAGUUUCCAUGUACUGUCGAUUAGGUUUUGCCCAUAAGAAAGGACAAGUAAUUAAUUUGGAUCAACUUCAUUCAUCAUGGCGGAAUGUUCCUUCUGUGAACCGAUUAAAGAGUACUUUAGAUCCACAAAAGAUACUCCUUUCCUGGGAUGGUGGAGAAAGUAGGAGUCCUGUUCAAGAAGCUUCUUCAGCAACUGAUACAGACACAAAUAGUCAAGAAGAUCCAGCUGACACAGCCAGCAUAAGCAGCUUGAGUCUGUCUACAGGAUACACAAAGCGUAUUGCCUUCCUAUUUGAUUCUACUCUCACUGCCUUUUUAAUGAUGGGAAAUCUUUCACCAAACCUGAAAAGUCAUGCAGUCACUAUGUUUGAAGUUGGGAAACUAUCAGAUGAAUCUCUGGACAGCUUUCUUAUCGAGCUUGAAAAGGUUCAGAGUACUGGUGAAGGAGAAGCACAACGAUAUUUUGAUCAUGCACUUACUCUGAGAAACACAAUACUGUUCUUACGUCACAAUAAAGAUCUAGUUGCACAAACAGCACAGCCAGAACAACCUAAUUAUGGUUUUCCUUUGGAUCUUUUACGAUGUGAAAGUCUCCUUGGUUUGGAUCCUGCAACCUGUAGUAGAGUCUUAAACAAAAAUUAUUCUCUACUUGUUUCCAUGGCUCCCCUCACCAAUGAAAUCCGACCCAUCAGCAGCUGUACUCCCCAGCAUAUUGGACCAGCGAUACCAGAAGUCAGUUCAGUCUGGUUUAAAUUAUACAUUUACCAUAUUACUGGGCAAGGACCACCAUCUCUCUUGCUUUCCAAAGGGACGAGGCUGCGAAAACUUCCAGAUAUAUUUCAGGGUUAUGAUCGCUUAUUAAUAACUUCUUGGGGUCAUGAUCCUGGAGUAGUUCCUACUUCGAAUGUGCUUACAAUGUUGAAUGAUGCUUUAACACAUUCUGCAGUUUUAAUUCAGGGACAUGGCAUGCAUGGAAUGGGUGAAAUGAUGCAUAUACCUUUCCCAUUUGAUGAAUUGGAACUGCAAGGAGAGUUGACUCGAGCCAAUCUGGGUGUUCAUAAAGCACUGCAGACGUUACGGGAGAAAGUGGACUUAGAGCACCUCUGUGGCUAUGUCACCAUGUUGAAUGCCUCCAGCCGUCAUGCUGCCAGUAGAAAACUCAGUGAUGCAUCUGAUGAAAAAGGUGAACCUGAUUUGGCUUCAGGAUCCGAUGUAAAUGGAAGCACAGAAUCAUUUGAAAUGGUCAUUGAGGAGACUGUAGAUUCAACAACAAAGCAAAAUGUUGAUGUAGCUACAACAGAAGUUGAAUGGGUUCCUCUUGAACUGUGCUUUGGAAUUCCACUAUUUAGUUCUGAGUUGAAUCGUAAAGUCUGUAGGAAAAUUGCUACACAUGGCCUUUGUAGGAAAGAAAGCCUUCAAAAACUUUUACAUUCCAGUAGAAAACUCUCCCUCCAUGUCCUUAAUUUUGUUCAUUCAUUCCAGGAAGGAAUUUCAACCCUGGACUUACACACUGAGGCCAAUUUUUCAAGUAUGUUUUCACAGCCUCCUUGUGCUGAACUGGGUGUUCCACUUCCUGCGAAGAAUUUAAUAUUUAAAGAUGGCAUCUUAUCUGAGUGGAAUGGACGAUCACCUUCCUCAGUACUUAUUGCAAAUGUCAAUUUGCAAUAGUUCAUUCACAUACCAUUUGUUGUUCACACUUACUGCCUUUUUUCUUUCUUAACAGUUAAUUUCUGGUGCCAACCACUAAGAAGUGUACUGCUGCUGCAGAAUAACAUAUGCUAAAGUGGUAUUAAAAGUGUGUUGUGUUGCAGUUUGGGGGAAAAUAUUUGCACUGUCUGGAGUCUUACUCACUAUUGCAUAUCCUGCUGCAACAGAGAGCUUUUUAGCAGUCAGCACUGUAUUUUUACCUAGAUACAAUCUGCAUUUCUUUUAUAAACCUAAGGGUACCCUUUAUAGGCUUUAUGAUGAUUGUUAAAUUUAUAAGCUGUCACCACAGAUAUUGCAAUGGUAAUUUUAUAUGUUAGUUACUCAAACAUGAAUCCUGUUUAAUUUUAUAUUUUAUUACCUAUACUUUUUUGGGGUAAUGGAAAGAGAUUUACUUCACUGAAGAGGCUUCCUGGUACUUAAAGUAGUAAAAAUGCAAAAAACCCAGUAAAAUCCAGUGUUGUAUGAUGAUGUGAUGGGGUCAUUAUAAAUUGUAGCCAUUGUGUAUAAAUUCUGUGUAUCAGUUGGACAGUGUUGAAAGUAUGUAAAUCAGUAUAGUUAAAAAUAAUUUGACCUUGCUUUAUGAGGUCUUAACUCCUGGAACAUCAAGAUUCAUUGAUGCCUCAUGAGAAACUUUGGAAAAACUUCCUAUGUUCACUGUGGUUUUAGAUAUGUAAGCUUCAUUAUCUCUCACAUAGACUUGAUUAUCAAAUGUUUCCAUAACAAGAGACCUUGUUUGGUUGCUACUACUGGUGCCCAUUUUCGGUUUGUUUAAGUAGCACUUCAUUUAUAACCACAAGACUGAUUUAUAUGGAAACAGAUUUCAUCUUUACAAACCAAAGAUUGGGAGCUUCAGUUCAAAUUAACAUCAGGGAACAGUAAGAGUUGACUUAGUUAAGAAAAAAAGUAUGAUGAAUCAUUCAGUUGAAUUAACUGUUGGAUCCUCAAUUCCUGUAAAUGGGCCUGGGGGACAAAGAUAGAGAAAUAAUGGAGUAUUGUUUCAGAAUUUCUCUUGAGUUAUAUUCUUUUAGUAUAACAAAUAUUAACUCAAUUAAUUGGAAUACUUCAGUAAUUCACUUUUACAUUUAUCAAGUUACCUUCCUUAGGCAGUUUGUGCGGUGUUAUUGUUUAGUUUAGACUAAUCUGUAGGAUGAUUGCUUUGCCAGUUUAACAGAAAUCCUGGUAAAACAGCAUAUAUGGAAAAACAUUUAAAUUUGAGGGACGGUUGUAACAUAAAGAUUUCUGCUGAUACUUUUUUUUCCUUGUUCUAUAAAGAACAGUUAUUUGUGUGUUUAAUCUGGUAACAUAUGUCUUUCCUAAAACUGUAAUCAUAACCAUGUACAGCGUGCUCACAGUAUUAUUUUACAGUUUGGACCAAGAACCUGUAGCAUAGUGAGUGCUGGAAAAUAUUCAUGGUAAAUAUGACAAUAUUUUGUUUUCUGCUGUAGUAGGAACCAAGUGUGUGUUAAAUAUGUUUAAAAGAUGAAAAGUAAUGCAUACUAAUAGUAAAAUGAUUUGUUAAACUGUGAAUCACACACUAAUUUCUCACAUAACUGUUCAUGUACAUUCCUCUUCCUGUAAAUGUAUAACUUGCAGUUUUUCAACUGAAAGUCCAAGUACUUAAUUUGAUCAGUGCUGCUUUUUAUUCUAACGUUUUCUUAUCUGGUUUGUUUUUACUAACUGUAGGUAGUUAUUUAUUCUGCAGAUACUAAUACUUUGGGCCUACUGUGAUGUGUGCACUAAUAAAGGAUUGAAUAUUUGUUUUUGUUGGCAGUAAAUCCAGUUUUUCAUAAAUUUGUAACAAAAUAUGGGAAUGAUUUUCUGCCUUAUUUCCUUUCAGAGAAAAUGGAGGGGAAGAUGGAAUAAGAUAGUGAUCAUGCAUUUUAGGAAAAAUGAUUGAAAAAGCUUGUGUUCAACUCUGGUUUUUGGUCUCUGCCCUUGAUAAGGAAAAAGGAAUCCUUUGAUGUACAGCUUGGUAGAGCUUAGUAGAGCUUCCACAUGGUAAAGGGAUGGGUGUAAGCCUAUUCAGUGUUGUAAACAAAAAAUGUAAAAUGCUGCUGUUUUCAGAUUGUGUUUUACAAACUUAGCUUUAUUUCAUUACAAUUGUAUAUAUGCUCAUAAAAGAAAUAUUAUCUCAUGUAAAGUUACAUCUCUUCAUGUAAAACUGGUAAUUAAAAAAUAGACUGUUACCUAAUUAUUAGGUGACUACCAAAGAGAAGGAUCAUUAAAGAUUUUUGACUCAGUUUUGUUGCUGUUUGAUAUGAUUCCAUUUGGCUUUGUUACUUUUUAUUGUCUUAAAGUGUGACUUAAACAGAGGCAAGACUUCUUUGAAGAUUAAAAGAGAGGGAGAAAGAAAGAACCUAUAAAAAUGGCACAUAGCUAUUAUAGUAAGUAGAGCCAUUAAAGUAUGUGGUAGUCCCUUUGUCCUCAUUAAAUGUGUUCAGAUAAUUUUAUGUUUGUUUUUCUUGGGGGAUAGUGCAGCCAGCCACCUCGGUACUUUUAGCUGAAAUUCUUUUAAGCAUUUAGAAUUGAUUUUUACCAUUUUUCCUGCUGGUUUAUUCCCUGAGAGCUUCAGUUCUCUUUUUCCCCCUUGUUCAGUCUUUCAAACACAAUUUGUAUUUAAAAGGUUUUAAAGUACCAAAAUUGUAACUGAGAACAAUGGAUCGCUUCCUGGUAUGAUAUUGUUAAUAGUAUACAAUGAAAUGUAUAAAACCCUGUGUUCAAUUUGAUGAUUGACACAUGUAACAUAAAUGUUUACAAUAAACUAUUACUGAUCAA